AUGACAUAUAUCUCUUUCGCCUUAUUUUCAACAUUUUCUAUAAUUUGGGUGACUUCUCUAUGGUUUGACGUUCAACAGCAACCGAGACUUGGUCAUCAUUGGUACAUUUAUAAACUUGUCAUGCUGACAAAUUUGAAUUUUGUUCUCGACGUUUUUUACUCUGUGAUAGUAGUUAUGGGCUACAAAUUCGAUAGACUGAAAAGAAUCGCCGAUUUUAUGCAUUUCACUUCAAUCUUCCCAGUUGGAAUUGUCACAUGUGGAUUAUUCUGGGGUCUCUAUGCAAUCGACCCAGCUCUGGUGAUGCCUGAUUGGAUUGCAAAACUCAUACCCUGGUGGUUGAAUCACAUCACUCACACAUACCCAAUCGUCUAUAUCUUGCUGGAUAGUUACUUUCAUAAAAGGCAUGCAUUUUUUUGA